AACUGUGAAAUAGUCCAAGGAAUGAAAGAUUUCAUGAAUGAGAGGAAACUGAUGGACCUUUUGAAUAGUUCUGAUUAUGUUCCUACCUAUGAAGACAAAGAUGGUGAUUGGAUGCUUGUUGGAGAUGUCCCAUGGGGGAUGUUUGUUGAUUCUUGCAAACGCUUGCGCAUCAUGAAAGGAACCGAAGCAAUUGGACUAGCACCAAGGGCUAUGGAGAAAUGCAAGAACAGAAAUGGAUGAAAUCAGGCCGACUUCUUCUUAUUGAAUAUAAUCGAUCAAAAUUUUAUCGAUUAUAGCUAGUGUUUGUCCGAAUUAAAUAGUGUGUUAUGUAUUAAUGCUACUAUUGUGAAGUUGCUUGUAUGUAUUAAUAAUGAGUGUAGCAUAUUUAUUUCUAUA